AUGUGGCAGCCAUGAAGCGGCAGCGUUCCACUCGCUGCCAGCUGUUAUUAUGCCCGGCCACUUGUUGCAGGCAUUCAUGAUGCAACUGCGGCAGCAGCCAGCGGCACAACGAACUCGAUUCAAGUCUUUGGUGGGCCUCAACCAAAAACACUCAUACGCCAUGUGGGCGCGAGGCGAUCGGAGGAUGUUGCAUGAACAGCAGCCAACAACAACAACCGCAACGGGCGCCACACUGGCCCACGGCCAAGGCUAAGGCCAGUGCCACAGCCACGUCCACAGCCACAGCAACUCACAUACCAGCAGUACCAAUACAAAAACACCACAGCAACAGCAAACAGCCAACUGAAACAUCAACAAAAGUUGAAGAAUUCCGUUGAACUCGAACGAAACAAAACAUCAACAAAAUGUCUGAGUCGCGCCGACAGUCGGUGAGCUCCAGGGCGAUGCCGCCGGGCGUUCUGGUGAACGAUAGCCGGGCGAACUCCACCGAUGACAUCCAGAUCGCCUUGGCGCCGCACAUCCAGACCUAUUUGAGCCAGACCGGCCGGCGGCAUUCCUGCUGCAGCGUGAUGUUGCCGGUGGCCUUCGAGCGGGCGGCGGCCAAGUCCUGGCUGGAUCCCAAGUUCGACUCGCCGGUUUUGGAGGAGCAGUACCAGGCCAGCGUGUUUCCCCACGUCCGCAUGCGAUAUAGGUUCACCCUCUCGUACAUCCUGCUGUGCUCGCUGAUGUGGUGCCUGUACUUUGUGGUGGAUGGAGGAUCGGAGGACUUCUGGCGGCCGAUCUCCAGCUCCUUCUCGAUGCUCUCGCUGGUGACGAUCAUGGCGCUCUGCUUCACGCACUGGGACCUGUACCGGGAGCAUCGGACGGCGACCUCGGCGGUGACCGCCCUGCUGCUCUGCGGCGCCUCUUUGGCCUUCCUCACCUACACGGGCAGGGCCUUCAGUCCGCUGGGCCACUUCGCCAUCUGCCUGGAGAUCGUCCUGCUGAUCUACACGGCCCUGCCAAUGCCCCUGUGGCUGGGCGCCAGCACUGCGAUCAGCUACUCCAUCGCCUUCGAGAUGGUCUCGCACAUGGUCAUCGGAUGCAGUGCCAUUCAUGGUGGGGCAAUGCAUGGUGGAGGUGGAUCAGCUGAAUCUGGAUCGGGAAUGGCGGCCAAUGGCGACCCCAGCAACAAGAUCCUGAUCCUGCGGAUAAUGGCACACCUGAGUGUGCAUUUGGUGGGGGUGCAUGUGCUGAUCAUGAAUCUUGUCCGCAUGCGCGGCACCUUCAUGAAGGUGGGCCAGAAUCUGCUGGUGCGCCGCCAAUUGGAGAUGGAGAAGCAGCUCAAGGAGAAGAUGAUCCAUUCGGUGAUGCCGCCCAAGGUGGCGGACAUGCUGCUAAACGAGGGCGGUCCCUCGGGCCUCGACUCCGGCGGACUGCCCCCCGAAUCGCAUUACAUGCGGCCACGCGCCUCCAACGAUGUGAAGUCGCUGUUCCGACCGUUCCACAUGCACAGCAUGGAGAACGUGAGCAUCCUGUUCGCCGACAUUGUCGGCUUCACUCGCAUGUCCUCCACGAAGACGGCCGAGCAGCUGGUGGAGAUCCUCAACGAUCUCUUCGAGCGUUUCGACGAUCUGUGCUCGCUGAGCGGGUGCGAGAAGAUCUCCACGCUGGGCGACUGCUACUACUGUGUGUCCGGAUGUCCAGAGCCGCGGGCCGACCAUGCCAUUUGCUGUGUGGAAAUGGGCCUGGGCAUGAUCGAUGCCAUGCGCUGCUUCGAUGCCCAGAGGCAUGAGGGUGUCAAGAUGCGGGUGGGUGUCCACACGGGCACCGUCCUCUGCGGCAUCGUGGGCACGCGGCGGGUGAAGUUCGAUGUGUGGAGCAACGAUGUCAGCCUGGCCAACAAAAUGGAAUCCUCGGGCAAGCCGGAGCAGGUGCACAUCUCGCAGGAGACUUCGAGCUUCCUGGGCGAUGCCUACUACCUGGAGGAGGGCGAGGAGGUGUUCGGUCAUCGCACCUACUUCGUGGUGGGACGCCGUCGUGACUUCACCCGGACCAACAGCCUGAGUCCCAGCAUGCCGAACAAUGCGGCGGGGAGCACCCUGCUCCUGCCCGGCACCCAUGGCGCCUCCCUCUCCCAGAGUGCCACCAAUGUGUCGGCGGUGCAGCCGAAUGUGCCGCCCGCCUCGCCGGUGGGUCAGCUCUCCAGCUCGCUGAAUCCCUCGCCGGUGCUCUCGAUGCGACCGCGUCUCACCUCGCUGAGCAUGAAGCUGCGCAAGAAGUCGCAGAGUCGCGAACGGGAUGUGGAGCGCGGCAUCAUCCAUCCGGCGGCGGCGGGCAUUCCACCAGUGAUUGUAGUUCGGGAGCGGCCGAAGAUCAUAAUCACCACCAAAUCCCUGCCCGGCAGCCUGGAUUCGGAUGAACAGCCGCCCGUCACUCCACCGCCGCCGCGACCCAAUCCUCCAGCUAGCGAGGCACGAUCGAAGAUCAAGUUGAAGGUUUGGAAAGUGCCACGUUUCCUCAAGCGAUUCGAGGAUCUGGCUGGGAGGAACAGCAACUGCAGCAGCAGUGCCACCAUCAGUACUCACCAGGACAAGGAGAAGGAGAGGGACAGGGAGAGGGAGAGGGAGAAGGAGGAGCUGCAUCACCAGAACCAACUGAAUCCCGAGGAGACCCUCGCCUUCAUGGAUAACCAGAUGCAGAAUGGCAAUGGCUGCGGCUAUCAGCAGCUGCCCGUUUUGGUCGAGUCCAGCCAUCGCACCCAGACACUGGACAUCCCACCCGCUCGACCGGUGCUCCAUCAUGCGGCCACGUCGACGGCCCUGGCCAGCAGUGUGCUCCGUUCGCCGGAGGCGGGAGUGAGUGGAGGCGGCUGCUGUUCCCCCGGCCAGUACUCCAUGUACGAUGACAUCAUCGAUGUGCGAUCCUACAUCAGUCAGUCGAGGAGCGAUAUAUCGCCAUUCGGCCGAUCGGGCAGCUAUAGAUCGCAGUGUGGGCGCCAGUCAACGGGAGGAGGAGCUGGCAACGGAGGAGGAGGAGGAGGAGGAGCCAGUACCUCCCAGGCAGCACCCACUGUGGAGCAGUCGCCAGUGCCCCGGCCACGGGCCUCGACUUUGGCCACCGGCAGACCCACACCGAACACAUUGGAGCCGGGCCCAUCGACCACUAGUCCCUGUUGUUUGCCCGCUCCCGGAAACUCCGGCGGCGGCGGCAUCUUUCCGCCCACACACUCCCGCCAGUCGAGCAUUUGUCCCUCGGCCACGUCCCGCAAGGAUUCGGGGAUCAAGAGCAACUCGCGGCGAUCCUCCAUACAGCAGCAGAUCUAUGCGCUCAACCAGUCGGCGAUUAGUCAGCACAGGGUAUCCGGCUACUUCACCAGCUCCACGUCCAGCAUCUCCAAUCUGGGGGAGGUGCAGGGACUGGGACUGCCGCUGGCCGUGCAGCCACCACCGCCGGCACUCCUGAUGCCCGCCUGCUCCUCGCAAAUGGCCGAUCCAUUGGCGGCCUGUUUGCAGCAGUUGCGCAAACAGUCGGACCUCCAGCUAAUCCGUUGCGUGCGGGACAAUGCCAGGUCGCAGAGGAGCUAUCUGGUGAAGCCGCCGCUGCGGCGAUUCAGUUUGUACUUCAAGUCGCGCCAACUGGAGCGGGACUUCCGGUCCAAGGCGCAUCGCUUUGGGGCGGAGAACGAGACGGAGGGACCGCCGACGUUGGCCACGCCGCGAUACAACACCUACAUCGACAUAUUCGUGGGCAUUGCCGUGUACCUGUGCAUCUCCGUGUCGCUGUUCCUGAUGACCCAGAACACGGUGACCCCGAGCUUCCGGCUGUGGGUGACCCUGUUCUCGUGCUUCACGGGCAUCCAGGUGUUUGCCCUCUUCCUGUUCACCCGGCAAAUGUGCCGUCGACAGAGCAGUGGCAACGUUAGCCACCGCUUCCGGUCCAAGUCGACGACCAGUGAGGAUCUGGAGAGGAGUGAGGAGAGAGGAGCCGGCGCUCCAGGACCGCACUUUGAGUCCUGUGCGGAUCGCAUUUUCGAGGCCAUCUCCAGCUGGUAUCCGUGGCACAUCUGCCUGGCCGUCCUGAUGGCCAUGCCCGUGCUGCUAAUUAUCGCCAAUUUCCUGCUCCUGGACCUCGAGCAACUGGAGGCCUUUGAGUAUCAUUACGGCUUCCUGAUCUUCGUGUGCAUCGUGCACUUCUGCAACUUCACGCAACUCAACUGCUGGGUGCGGAAUGUGCUGGCCUUUUUGGCGGCCCUCUGUUUCAUCGGCAUUGCGGUGUCGCAAUUGAUGGUGUACAGUCACAAUCGCGGUGAUCAGCAGGAUCAGGAGGCGUCGAACUUCAUUCAGGAGAUCAAGUGGUUCCAGGACUAUCACGUGGAGAUCUAUCUGGAUCUGCUGCUCAUCCUGGUGCUGGUGUGGUUCCUCAAUCGCGAAUUCGAGAUCGGCUAUCGGUUGACCUUCUACGGCAAUGCGGUGGCCAAUCAGGACAAGGUCCGGGUGCAGAACAUGAAGAACCAGGCGGACAUGCUGCUGCACAACAUCAUACCCAAGCAUGUGGCCGAGCAUCUGAAGAACACGGCCAAGUACUCGGAGAACCAUCACAACAUCGCCAUCAUCUUCGCCUCCAUUGUCAACUUCAAUGAGAUGUACGACGAGAGCUAUCUGGGUGGCAAGGAGUUCCUGCGUGUCCUCAACGAACUGAUUGGCGACUUUGACGAGUUGCUGUCGCGUCCGGAGUUCCGGGCUGUGGAGAAGAUCAAGACCAUUGGGUCCACCUUCAUGGCGGCCAGUGGACUGGAUCCAUCGCAUCGCGGCACCGGGGAUGAGCACAUUCACACGCUGAUGGAGUUCUCCAUUGCCAUGCAGGAGGUGGUGGAUGCUUUUAACAAGGAUCUGCUGGAGUUCAAUCUCAUCCUGAGGAUUGGCAUGAACAUUGGCGAUGUGACGGCAGGCGUUAUUGGCACCAGUAAGCUGUACUACGACAUCUGGGGCGAUGCGGUCAAUGUGGCCUCCAGAAUGGACUCCACGGGUCUACCCAAUCGCAUCCAGGUGGGCAAGGAUUGCCUGCCCUUCUUCACCAAUCGCUAUGAGUUCGAGCCACGCGGCAGUGUCUAUGUGAAGGGCAAGGAUCACAUGGAGGUGUUCCUCUACACGGGACGCAGGGAGAAGCCAUUGGAGUCCAUGGAGCAGCAGCAGUUGCUGCUGGACGAAGAUAAGCUGGAUCCGUUGGAGCAGCCAGGCAAGCUGGAGUACGAGGAGCAGGACGAGGACGAAGAGGAAGACGAGGAGGAGGAGGAGGAGGAGGAGGAGGAUGACUUGCACUCCAGUGAGACCACCACGCUCUUCAAGUCGCACGAGUCGCUGCAGGCGAAUGGUGGCAACCACUUGACACCGGCCAAUGGCAUCGCUACCACCAUUACCCUUACCAACAACAACAACAACAACCACAACAUGGCCACCACCACAAACAACAACAACGCAAUGCCAGUGGAAACUUAGGAAAUUCUUUGGAUUCUGGGAUUCUGGCUAGAAGAAGCCCUUGAUAAAUGGUUUCAAAAUUGCAAUUAAUGGCUCUAACGGUGGAGCAGGUUUUCCAACAAAUGGCUAAGAGCCGUUGUUGUGGGUCAAAAUAAUCAAGCAGAGGGCAGGGAGGGGAGAUGGGGAGGGAGAGGGAGAGGGGGGGUUGAGAGAAAAACCAACCGUGUUUUUUUGUGAUAUAAUUGAAUAUGAAUAGAUAGAAACGUUAGAAAACGAUAGAAUCGGGUUAAAGUUGCUACUGAUUGGUUGAUUGAUCCAUUGAUCAAUUAAUUGAUUGAUUGUUGUUAUAGCGUUUGGGUGGAUUAGGUUGAUACAGUGCGAUGUUUAUGAAUAUCCAAAACUCGCAGACUCAUAAAAAAUAUUCUUCAUAUUGAUGUGUGUAUUUAAUUGUACUAGCCAGUUGAUUCAUCUCAAAACCAAACGAAAUGCUUUCUUUCCUUUCUACCACUGUUUUUUUUUUUUUUAAUAGCUCUAACUAAACUAAAUUAAACUAAUGGAAAUACGUGGCUUUAAAUGGUAGUAGCGAAAUAUAGAUGUGGAUUGUAUGUAAAUUCAAUGUAACAUAGAGUUAACCAAUAUAUGUAUAAGUAACUAAAUAACAAUUUUUUUUGAGGCAACGAAUGGAUAUUACCUGUAUGUAUUUGCUGUUGUUCGAUGUUGAUCAAUAUGUGUAUAUAAAUGUACGUAGCUAAAGAAAAAUGAAUGUGUCUCGCAGACUAUGGUCUGCUGCCAUAUAAAAGAGUUUGGUCUGCAGGGGUUAAUACAAUUUCAAAAAAAAAAAAAACAGUUUUGAUUUAAACCAGUUUUGAUCAUUUUCUCAUCCGAUUUUGCCUAUGAUAUUGCAGUUAAUAGGGUCGAAAUUGACUCUGGAACCUAGCUUAAGUUUUGUAACGUUUUUUUUAUAAAAUUUGAAAGAAUACAAAAGGUCUUGUUAAACGAUCUACAUCGUUAUUACAUGCAGCUUUUACAAGAAUUGUACCCCAGCUAAGAACCGAAAAGUAUGCACCAAAAUGCUUGCCAUACUCACACAAAGACACGCACACACCCACCAAAAAAAGCUUUCACCACACUCACACAACUUCAACUACACACAUACACCCACACACACAGCCAAACCAACACCCUCACACUGAGAAAAUCAUUUUGUAAGCCUUUUGUAUAAUUUUUUUUAUACAAACGAACACACCUUUUGUGCAAUAAAACUUUGCCACUUUCUAAUGGUAAGCUUACGCAAAUCUCUAUUUCCGCCACAAAAAAAGGAUAUCCCAAAAUCAAUAAAAAAUAUAUAACAAUGUAAACGUGUAUGUGUAUCGAAACCUAUGGACCCUAUUGUAUUUUUAUAUAAACAAAAGAAGUAUUUUCUACUAAUUUAUUGAACAAAACUAAACACAAAGACGUACAUUUUUUCUUGUCUUUUUGAAAUAUCUAAAUGUACAUACUACAUGAUAUAUAUAUAUACGUAUAUAUAUAUAUUUAUAUUUAUAAUUGUAUAUUUUUAUAAAACAAAAACGAAUCAAAAAACAAAAAUAUGGAAAGCAAAAAGGCGAAUGAUAUUUAUGAAAAGUCUAGAUCCUGUUUACGAUGUGUAGAAAUGUUUAAAUGUUGUUAACGCUGAGAUACAGCCAGCCAUAACCAAUGUAAGUGGAUCGUGUCCUAAGUGUGUUUUAGCAAACGAUUUCAAAGAGUUUAUCGAAAUGUUAUAGGCAAACCUACUAAGCGAGAUGUGUAGAAAUAAAAAUAAACAAAAGGCAGCAGUCUUAUAUUGUAUGUACUUAAAAGCGUUGUGUUAUCUCAUUUUUAUUGGUUGGAC